AUGCCUCCAUAUAAUUGGGCAAAGGGUAAAGAGUUAAGUUCCAUUAACCCGAAUAAACUCAAAAAUGAAGAUGUCCUUGCUCGAAUUUUAAUAGGUGUUGAGGGGACCGACAAUAUGGUGAGAGAGAUGAAAGGUGAAUUCUCACAACUCAAUCAAAUGGUUACAUCUUACUCGGCCUCUAUCAAGCAACUUGAAACUCAAUUGGGCCAAAUCUUGGCACAACUUAAUGUAAGACCAAAGGGUGGAUUGCCUAGUGAGACGAUUAUCAAUCUUAAAAAUGAUGCUCACAUCAUGGUUAUUGUCACUAGGAGUGGUCGAACUUUUGGUAAAGAUGUCGUUGAUCCUGGUGAAGACCCCAAUGAAAAUUCAAAUGAAGAACAAGCCAAUGCAAAGAAAAUACAGCUAGAAGAGAUAAUUGAUAAUGAUCCAAAGCCUAAUGAGACAAGUCUUGAAAGGUCGAAGGUAGUUAAAGAAAAUGUUAAAAGUGAGAAAGCUCCUAAGGUGGUUGAUGAUGAUACUCCACAAUUGAAUGAAACUCUAAUUGUUCCAUUGCCACAAAUCAAAAUUCCUCUUCCAUUCCCACAGAGGCUCAAAAAGAAGGAUGAUGAUAUCAAGUUAAAGAAGUUUCUUGUGAAAUUUAGCAAUUUAUCGAUGACUAUUCCUUUGCUAGAAUCCUUACAAGAAAUGUAUGGGUAUGCUAAAUUUAUGAAGGACUUAGUUACAAAGAAGCGAGUCAUAAAUUUUGAAAUAAUUGAGGUAACCCACAAUGGUAGUGCUAUAAUGUCUAGGACAAUGGUGGCGAAGAAAGAAGACCCGGGUGUAUUUACUAUUUAUUGCAUUAUUGGGGUGUAUAAAUUUGGAAAAGCAUUGUGUGAUCUUGGGGCAAGUAUUAAUUUGAUUUCAUUUGCUGUGUUUCGAAAGUUAGGCUUGGGUGGAUUGGGUGCCCCUAAGCCUACCACUAUGAGGCUUCAAAUGGCCGAUCGUUUAAUCAAAAAACCCGUUGGUGUCUUGUAUGAUGUUUUGGUAAAAGUUGAUUGGUUUAUCUUUUUGGCUGACUUUGUUAUUCUUGAUUGUGAGAUUGAUCAUGAGGUCCCAAUCAUUCUUGGUAGACCAUUCUUGGCUACCAAAAGGGCUUUAGUGGAUGUAGAAUAUGGGGAGAUAAAAUUUAGGGUGAAUAAUGAAGAACUAUCCUUCAAUGUGUGCAAGUCCAUGAAUCAAUCGAUGGACUUACAAGUGGUGUCGGAAUUGAUGUGA